UCCGGUUGACCCGGAAGCUUUCCUCCCCUAUUCAAUUGUCAACAUGGCGGUGAAUCUGACUGAAUUGUCUCUUCCACAAUUAGAAGGCUUGAAAACUCAGCUUGAUCAGGAAACAGAGUUCCUUUCAUCAUCUAUAGGCCAGUUAAAAGUCGUCCAAACUAAAUAUGUGGAAGCCAAAGACAGUCUGAAUGUCCUUAACAAAAGCAAUGAAGGAAAAGAACUACUUGUCCCUCUCACCAGUUCUAUGUACGUGCCUGGGAAGCUUAAUGACGUGAAUCAUGUCUUAGUGGAUGUCGGAACAGGUUAUUUCGUGGAGAAGAAUGUAGAAGAUGGCAAGGAGUUCUUUAAACGCAAAAUUGACUUCCUUACAAAACAAAUUGAGAAAAUUCAGCCUGCCCUUCAAGAAAAACAUGCUAUGAAACAAGCUGUGGUGGAAGUCAUGAAUAUGAAGCUUCAGCAACUGCACAGCCAACAGGCAUCACAGUCUGGCACCACCAAAGCCUAAAACCGGUUACUAGAAGCAUGGCAGAAAAUCCAGGGGAGAUCCUGAGCAUUGACCUGUCAGACGGAUCCAUUCUGAACCCUUGAAACAGAGAACCACUGCUCUGAUGUCAACAUGUUCACAUCUCCUUGGGGGAGAAUGAAGUCCAGCACUUUGCCUGCAUUAAACAACUAAAAAAAAAAAAUUCUGUUCUGUUUUCAUUCUCAUGUUUAGUGAACAAAUGAAGUGUUUGGCAUGGUCUGUGGCUGUA